AGUCGGUAAAAUAGAAAUCAGUACAACUAUAACCUCAAAUUAAUCCGUCAAAAUGUUCGAAAAAUUAAAUAUUAUAAAACAUUUUAAUACGAAUAAGUUCAAAACACGCAUUUUUUUGAUAUCACAAAUAAGAAAAUACAGUUCAGGUAGUUCUGAGGAUGGCAUGAAGAAGAUUCUGCAAUCAAAGUUUCCAAACGCGAAAGAAAUUGUUGUAGAAGAUAUUUCAGGUGGUUGUGGGGCGAUGUACACCGUUUAUGUUGAGUCGAUUGAUUUUAAGGGGCUCUCAAGGGUGAAACAACACCAGGCGAUAACUAACGCUUUAAAAGAACAAAUAAAAACGUUUCAUGGGAUAAGAAUAGAAACGAAAAUUCCUUCGAGUUAAAAAAAUAAUGUUUUAGUAAAUUUUGUAAUUAUUUUUGUUAAGUAAUCGUAAUAAAUAAACCGAUUUUAAA